CUUCUCUGUUGCUCCAGCAGCUGAGGUCGGAGGAACUGCGCAUGCUUAAAGCAGCAAAACGGUGAAUCCAGCUUCACGUCUCCAGACGUCCAGCAGGCAGCAUGCAGUAACCAUCAUGGGCAGUUAGUAUAAAGAAGUGUGCUAUCUGCAGUGUGGAGGACAGAAGGUUAGAAAUACCUCAGUGACCACUCCCCCUCCUCUUACUGGGAUUGUUUUCUACCACCAUGGCUGAGGAAGACUAUGGCACCUUUGUGGACUGGGCUCAGAUGGGAGAUCUGGCCAAGAGCAUCGGACCCACCAAACUAGACUGCAAAGAGCUGAAAGAGUUCAAGCAGAUGGCUCGUCAAGGUUACUGGGCCAAGAAUCACCAACUACGAGCACAAGUCUACCAGCAGCUCAUCAAAGCCAUACCUUGUCGUACGGUCACUCCAGACGCAGAAGUUUAUCGUGACAUCAUGGGAGACACAGCCAUGAAAAAGCCUUCCUCUCACACCCCGCUGCCAGAGUUUGUGGAUGGAAACCUUGUGCCACGGUACUGCCUGAAGGCCGAGGCCAUGGCCUCAGUCCAUCGCAUCAUUGGCUGCAUCGCGGGACAGUUUCCAGACAUCUCCCACUGCCCUUCUCUCCCGGCCAUUACUUCUUUGCUCCUUCACUUCAGCAAAGAUGAGGCUCAGUGUUUUGAGCACGUCAGCCGAAUCCUGGCCUGCAACGAGCCAGGUAAACGCCUGCUGGACCAAACUUUCUUGGCCUAUGAGUCCAGCUGCAUGACUUUCGGCGACCUGGCCAAUAAGUACUGUACAGCUGCUCACAAACUCAUUAUCACCACGGCCCAGGAUGUGCUUGAGGUGUACGCCGACUGGCAGCGCUGGGUGCUUGGUGACCUCCCCUUUAGCCAUUUGGUCCGGGUCUUUGAUGUCUAUCUAGUAGAGGGCUAUAAGGUUCUCUACCGCGUGGCCAUAGCUUUGCUCAAGUUCUAUCGUAAGCAUAGAACAGGGAACCAAGCAGGGCAGGGGGGCCGGCAACAGCAGGAUUCAAGUAAAAUUAGGUCAGAUAUUCAGGCCUUUAUCAAGGGCAUCGCCUCCACCGUCACACCUGAAAAGCUGCUGGAGAAGUCUUUCUCCAUCCGUCUGAUUAACCGUAAGGAAAUCACUCUGCUGCAGCUCACAAAUGAGAAGUCCCUGCAGCAGAAAGGAAUCACUGUCAAACAGAAGCGGAGGAAUGUGCAGCUGGCUUUAAAUCCUGAAACUUUUUCCUCCGAGAUUGUCAGUCCAAAGGAGAUGCACGACAUCUGGUCAUGGAUCCCAGAGCGCUUUGCCCUGUGCCAGCCACAGCUGCUCUUCACUACCUCCGUCCACGGCUGCAGCCUCAACAGAUUCUACUCCCAUUGUGAGGGCUACGAACCCACGCUGCUCCUCAUCAGGACCACAGGUGGAGAUGUAUGUGGAGCCUUCCUGUCAUCGGACUGGGAGGAGAGGAAGAGAGGGGGGAACAAACUGAGCUUCUUUGGCACGGGAGAGUGUUUUGUCUUCAGGGGAGGAGACUUAAAGGAAGACCCCGGAUGCGCUGGAGGGACUGUUUCUCGGCUGGCCAGGGAACGCCUCGGCUUUUCCCUGGAGGAGCUGGGCCAAGUAGCUGGGGAGAAGGAAGUCUGGACAUCUCUGCUUAGGCUGCUGCCCCCACGACCCAACCCCAGAUAAGUGGAAGAGGAUGGAUGGUUAAAAAAAAUGAAUAAUCAUGAUCCUAAUAUGUAAACUUGACUCACAUGAUUGUGGAGAAAUAUUCCCUUUGGUGAUAUUUUCAGCAGAUUCUGAUCACAUCAAUGGAUGAAUAGAUGGAAAGUUUCACUAAUGAACUCCUUUAACUAAAAUAAUUCAUUCUGUCCAUUAUCACCUGAAAAAAACGCUAAAUGGAUGGUUGCAUGUGAUAACUGGUACAAUAUCUUCUCCACCACUGGAGGGAUUAUUAUGAAACCAUCAUACAGUCUUCAUCUACAGCUGAUUAACCGAGUCAGACCCAUUCAAGAUGGCUGUAACUCAUCAUUUCUCCACAUAAGAUGGUCCGAGUGUAAAACCCAGACAUGAAAGGCUGCAGCUAAUAUAGGUUUGAGUUCAUUCUGACCGUUUUCUUUGUAAAUGUGAGGUUCCCAUUGACUUCUGGCUUAUUUUCUUGGCUCUGGGUCAUUUUUUGUGAACCAAGUUCUGUUUUAAUACUGACAUUUAAACCCAGCAGAUCUAUAAAAUAUUUAACUGAAUUUAAUGUUACAAAGAAUAUUCUUUGUGUUUAAUUUGAAAUAAAGUCAGGAAAUCUCUAGAAGUAUGCGCCGGCUCGAAGCCUGAAGUAAAAAAUGUGAUUAGCAUGAUUCACGUAAGAAAUGACGACUGUGACCUUGUGUUUUCAUGCUGUUUACAAACCCGGUAUCAUGUUUAUGCUACUACACCUGUAUGUGUGGAAAAUGCUAUUUAAAGGUGCGUACAACUUUUUUGUUCCCCUUUUAGCUGAAGCCCGAGAUGGAACGUUACGAGUGGGUGGUGAUCCGCCACCCUGAGUUGGCAUCCUCCAUCAAAACAGAGGUCCAGGAGGGCACGGCGUCCUCCGAGGGACAAAAUGCAGUCGACAGCUUACAGCAGUUGGAGAAAGCUGCUGGAGAUCUGUCACCGUUUCUGGCUGCUCGCCAUUUCAACCUGAACUCCAAGAACACCUCCAUGUUCAUGGCUGGAAACUUUGACUCCAUCA